AUGUCGGCAGUCAACCCACCGUCCGAAGAGGUGGCCAAGCUCUCGCAGCUCACCAAUAUCACUCCAGACACCAUCUUUUCCGUCCUUCGCGAUAGAUUCUACUCUGGCUUGCCCUACACCGCCCUUUCCGACUCCAUCCUCGUCUCCGUCAACCCCUACGCAUCCUCUGGAAACCGCAACAGCGAUGACACCUUGCGCGAAUACACAAGAGACUACCGCGAGACCAACAAGCAGCUUCGCGGCGCUGCUUUGCCUCCACACAUCUUUGCCCACGCUUGCAAUGCCUACUUUUACAUGCGACGCACCGGCCAAGAUCAGAGCUUGCUCAUGGCCGGAGACACCUCGAGUGGAAAGAGCGAAGUUCGUCGUCUCGCCAUUCGCGCCCUCAUUGACCUCAGCGUAGCCGCACCCGGCAAAAAGGGCUCCAAGCUUGCCUUCCAAGUUCCCUCUGCCGAAUACAUCCUCGAAGCCCUCGGAAACUCGCGUACCCUGGACAACAGCAACGCCUCUCGUUUUGGAAAGUACACCGAACUCCAAUUCUCCGACUCGGGCAAGCUCGUCGGUGCCAAAACCCUCGACUACUACCUCGAGAAGAACCGCGUCGUCAGUGCCGCUUCCAGCGAACGCAACUUCCACGUCUUCCACUACAUGGUCGCCGGUGCCUCGGACGAGGAGAAGGAGUAUCUCGGCAUUCACGACGCCGCCUCCUUCCGCUACCUCGGCCAGACUGCGCGCAACGCCGACAACCAAGAUGCCGCCAAGUUCAACAGGCUCAAGCUUGCCUUCAAGAAUGUCGGUUUCUCCAAACGCCACGUUGCCUCCAUCUGCCAGGUGCUGGCUGCCAUCCUCCACCUCGGCAACAUCGAGUUCCACUACGACCGUCAUCGCACCCAAGACUCGGCUACCGUUCGCAACCCCGAGGUGCUCGACAAGGUGGCCGAAUACCUUGGCAUCCCGUCCAAGUCGUUAGAAGAAGCGCUCACCUACAAAACCAAGCUGAUCCGCAACGAAGUCUGCACCAUUCUCCUCGAUGCCGAUGGAGCCUCGGACCACCGUGACGAUCUCGCCAAGUCGCUCUACUCGCUUCUCUUUGCCUGGGUCAACGAGAGCCUCAACGAGAAGCUCUGCCGCGACGACUUCGACACCUUCAUUGGCCUCCUCGACCUCCCCGGUUUCCAGAACCUCUCCAAGGGCAAUUCGCUCGACCAGUUCUGCGUCAACUUUGCCUGCGAGAAUUUGCACCGCUUCAUGCUCCGCAGCGUUUUUGAGAAGCAACGCGAGGAGUUUGCCGACGAGGGUAUCAGCCACCUCUCGCCCGAGAUCCCUUACUUCGACAAUGCAGAGACUUUGCGCCUCAUGGCCAACCAGCCCGGUGGCCUCGUCCACAUCAUGGACGACCAGGCGCGAAGGAUGCCCAAGAAGACCGAUCAGACCAUGAUCGAAGCCUUUGGCAAGCGAUGGGGCAACCACCCAUCCUUCAAGGUCGGUCCCGCCGACCGCAGCGGCUUCUCGAGCUUUACCAUUAGCCACUACAACAGCGCUGUCACCUACACCAGCGAGAAUCUCCUCGAGAAGAACAGCGAGGUGGUCAGUCCCGACUUUGUCUCGCUCCUCCGAGGCAACCAGCAAGAACCCGGCAAGCUUGGUUCCGACCCCACACUUGCGCCUGGCUCCACCAUCCCCUUCAUUCGUGGCAUCUUCAACACCAAGGUGCUCAAGACGCAGUCGCAUCCCAAAAAUGACCACACCAUCGUCGCUGCUCAGCAGUCCGUCAGGCCCAUGCGUGCACCAUCCACCCGCCGACCCAACCGUGGCAAUACAGUCAAGCGUAGCAACACGAUCAAAAAGAGCGGUAACGAGGACGAUGAGUCGGACGAUGAUGCUGGCGACGCUUCCGGCGCCAAGAAGAAUGCCGUUCGAUGCGUGGCUGGCGAUUUCCGCGGAGCUCUCGAGUUGCUCCUCGAGACGCUCGAGGAAACUAAGACCUGGUUCACGCUCUGCCUUCGACCUAACGACAACCAGCUUCCCAACCAAUUCGAGGCUCGCGUCGUCAAACAGCAGAUCACCACACUUGGCUUGUCCGAGAUGUCGCGCAAGCUGCUCCACGAGUACAGUGUCAGUAUGACCUACGAAGAGUUCUGCCAGCGUUACGCCGACAUUCCCUCGCUCGAGGCCAUCCAGAUGCGCAACGCCGUCUCGGGCGAGGCCAAGCAGAAGUUCUCGGCGGCUCGAGAGGUCAUGUCCUGGUCCGACGAAGAGGCUGCCUCGGGCCGCGUCAAGGUCUUCCUCUCGCACACCGCUUUCCGCGAGCUCGAAGACGAGCUCCGCGCUGCCGACCCAGAAGAGGCCAAGAACAAUGAGAAGCGAGCCCAGCUCGAUGCCGGCGCAGCAGCACGCGGUGAGGACGAUCCCUUCUCACCCGUGGCUGCGUUGAACGACGAUUACAUGCGCAGUCGCAGCCACGACUUUGUCGGGACUUACGGCGAUCCUUUUAAGGAGCGCUCCUCUGUCGCCCUGCCCCUCGUCGGAGGGGGUGCCGCCGAGCACGACGAUGGCCUCGAAGAGGUCAAGAGCCAGUAUUCGGGCAUGUCUGGCACCCUUCCCAGGAACAGCUUUGGCCGAGCACUCAGCGUUGCUCCAUCCGUCAUCGGAUCCGAGGCUUACGCUCCUUCGCGCAACAUGUUUGCCGACAUGGGCAAGAACGGCCUCAACGAGAAAGCAGGCACUGCUGCCUUCACCGAAGAGCCGCUGGGCGAAGUAGCCGAAGAGGUCGGUGUGACCUCGACUCGUCGCAAGUGGGUGGCCUUCACCUGGGCCGUCACCUUCUGGAUUCCUUCCUUCGUUCUGAGCCGCUUCCGUUCGCUCAAGAGGCCUGACAUCCGCCAGGCGUGGCGCGAGAAGCUUGCCAUCAACAUCAUCAUCUGGUUCAUCUGCGCUUGCGCCGUCUUCGUCAUUGUCGUCCUCGGAAACCUCAUCUGCCCCAAGCAGCACGUUUACAGUCCCACCGAGUUUGCCUCGCACAAGGGCGACUCCUCCUUCACCUCGAUUCGCGGCGAAGUGUUCGACCUGAGCAACCUCAUUGCCAGUCACAAGACCGUUGUUCCCGUCGUUCCCGCAAACACGAUCUUGGCCUAUUCCGGAGAAGAUGCCACGCCCAUCUUCCCCGUUCAGGUGAAUGCUCUCUGCAACGGUGUCGACGGCAACGUCAGCCCGUGGGUGCAGCUGUCCAACGAGAACUCGACCGACAAGAAUGCUCAGUAUCACGACUUCCGAUCCUACCACACGGACGAUGCUCGACCUGACUGGUACUACGAGACCAUGUGGCUGUUGCGCUCCAACUACCGAGUCGGAUUCAUGGGAUACACGGGCGAUGGCAUCCGCGAUAUGCUCGAGGAGGGACGUGCGGUCGCCAUCUACCGCGGCGACAUCUACGACGUCAGCGAUUACAUCAAGCAGGGCAACCAGGGUGUGCUCCGAGCCCCGGACGGCUUCCAGGCUCCUGUUGGCACCAACCGCAAGUUCAUGAGCGAUUCUAUCAUCAGUCUGAUCUCCCAGAACCCGGGCAAGGACAUCACCAAGCAGUUCGACAACCUUGCUCUCGACCCGGAUGUACUCGAUCGCCAACGAGUCUGUCUGCGCAACUUGUACUUCAUCGGCAAGGUCGACCACCGCAACUCGCCACAGUGUCGUUUUUCGCAGUAUAUCCUGUUGGCACUGUCGCUCGUCAUGGUGGCCAUCCUCGGCUUCAAGUUCCUUGCUGCGCUCCAAUUCGGACGUAGUCGCAAGCCAGAGGACCACGACAAGUUUGUCAUCUGCCAGGUCCCCUGUUACACCGAAGGCGAAGAGUCGAUGCGCAAGACGAUCAACUCACUGGCUGCGCUCAAGUACGACGACAAGCGCAAGCUGCUCUUCAUCAUUUGCGACGGUAUGAUUGUUGGUUCGGGCAACGACCGACCCACGCCACGCAUCGUGCUCGACAUCCUGGGUGCCGACCCCAACCUGGAACCCGAGGCGCUCAGCUUCCUUUCGCUUGGCGAAGGCAGCAAGCAGCACAACAUGGCCAAGGUCUACAGCGGCCUGUACGAGCACCACGGUCACGUUGUGCCCUACAUUGUUGUCGUCAAGUGCGGUAAACCAUCGGAGCGUUCGCGACCCGGUAACCGAGGUAAGCGUGACUCUCAGCUGGUUCUCAUGCGCUUCCUGAACAAGGUGCACUUUGGUCUGCCGAUGAAUCCGAUGGAGCUCGAGAUCUAUCACCAGAUCAAGAACGUUAUCGGAGUCAACCCGAGCUUCUACGAGUACAUUUUGCAGGUCGACGCCGAUACCGAGGUCGAGGCGCUGUCGCUCAACCGUUUCAUCUCGGCGUUCAUUCGCGACAAGAAGGUCAUCGGUCUCUGUGGUGAGACGGCGCUGUCCAACGCUAAGGCGAGCAUCAUCACCAUGCUUCAGGUCUACGAGUACUACAUUUCCCACUACCUUGCCAAGGCGUUCGAGAGUCUGUUCGGAUCCGUCACCUGUCUGCCCGGUUGUUUUUCCAUGUUCCGCAUUCGCACGCCCGACACGCAUCGACCGCUGUUCAUCGCCUCGCAAAUCGUGGAAGACUAUGCCGAGAACCGCGUCGACACGCUGCACACCAAGAACCUGCUCCACCUCGGUGAGGAUCGAUAUCUGACGACGUUGGUGCUCAAGCACUUUGGCAAGUACAAGACCAUCUUUGUCCGCGACUGCAAGGCAUGGACCGUGGCACCCGACGACUGGAAGGUGCUGCUCUCGCAGCGACGACGAUGGAUCAACUCGACCGUCCACAACCUGGUGGAGCUCAUCUUCACUCCGGGUCUGUGUGGGUUCUGUCUGUUUUCGAUGAGAUUCAUCGUAUUCAUCGACCUGCUGUCGACCAUCAUCGCCCCCGUGACAGUGGCCUACAUUGUCUACCUGAUCGUCUUGGUGGCUACGGCCAACGGUACGGUUCCGCUCACUGCCAUCAUCAUGCUGGCUGCGAUCUACGGUUGCCAGGCGCUCAUCUUCUUGCUCAACCGCAAGUUCGAGAUGAUCGGCUGGAUGAUCGUCUACAUCAUUGGUAUUCCGAUCUGGUCGCUCUUCUUGCCCCUGUACUCUUUCUGGCACAUGGACGACUUCUCGUGGGGUAACACGCGUGUCGUGAUGGGAGAAAAGGGCCAGAAGGUGGUAGUGCACGAAGAGGGUACGUUCGAUCCGAGCGAGAUCCCUCUGCAGACGUGGAGCGACUACGAGAACGAGCUUUGGGAGCGCAACUCGGCGCGCUCGAUCGGAUCGAUCAUCGAGGCCGCGCGCGCCGAGAACAAGUCGCUGGGAUCGCGUGCGGGUUCGCAGUAUGCUCCAAGCUUGUACGGACAGCCGAUGCUGCCUACCAAUGCAAGCUUUGGACACAGUCCCUCGCCAUCGUUUGGUGGCACACCUUCGCAGUAUGGUGCACACACGCCUGGUCCCGGUUCGCAGAUUGGCGGCGGCGGUUACUUCCCUCAAGAUCCUGCUCGUCAGUCGACUUAUAGUCUAGGCGGUGGGUAUGGCGGACAGGCCAUGUCGAUGUAUGGCUUGCCUCCUAGCUCGAGCUUUGGCAUGCCGACGGGCGGCAGUGGUUUCAUGCCUCAGCCUUUCAACACGACUGCGAGCAUGUACGGCUAUCCGCAGGCGGCGGCGACACAGUCGAUCUAUGGCGGCUCGCAGCUCGGGUUUGGCGGGUAUGCGGAUCACCAGCAACAGCAGCAGCAGCAGCAGCAGUUGCAGCAGCAGCAGCAGCAAUACCUACAGCAACAGCAACAAGCGUCGCGCCUGUCAGGCAGUGGAGGCAGUCACAGUCCUCCACGAGAUGCUGGUAGUGCAGCAGCAGCGGCUGCUUCGAAUGAUGGCCUGCCAUCCGAUAGUCAGAUCAAGCUGGAUAUUCGAAGCUUGAUCGCCGAGUCGGAUUUGACGACCAUCACCAAGAAGCAGCUGCGUGCCAAGCUGGAGCAAAAGUAUGCAACCUCGAUCGAGUCGAGGAAGGCGUUUAUCAAUGCCGAGAUUGAGAACGUCCUUUCCGAGUCGUAA